AUGCUCCCUCCUGCGCUGAAUCUCCCGAAAUGGCUCGAAGCUAAUUCUCACCUCCUCCAACCUCCGGUAAACAACUACUGCGUCUACCACCCCACCACCCCGGGAACCGCCGGCUACACAGUAAUGGUAGUCGGCGGCCCCAACGCCCGCACCGACUACCACAUCAACAGCACCCCCGAAUUCUUCUACCAAUACCGCGGCUCCAUGCUCCUCAAAACAAUUGACACCUCGACCACCCCGCCGACCCCACAGGACAUCCCCAUCCACGAAGGCUCAAUCUUCCUCCUCCCACCGAAUACCCCGCACUGUCCCGUCCGAUUCAGGGAUACGAUCGGUGUUGUGCUGGAGGCGCCGCGGCCAGAGGGUGCACUGGAUACGAUGCGGUGGUAUUGUCGGGGGUGUGGGGAGAUUGUUUGGGAGAAGAGCUUUUUGUGUACGGACUUGGGGACGCAGGUUAAGGCUGUUGUGCAGGAGUUUGAGGGGGAUGAGGAGAAGAGGAAGUGUAAGGGGUGUGGGAAGGUUGCGGAUGUGAGGUAUGUGGAGGGGGAGGUUGUGCAGCCGGGGAGGUUUCCGGAGUAG